AUGAGGAGUGUGAAGUUGAUGGGGUCAAGCAACAAGGAUAUGGAUAGGCAGGCGAAGAACAGCAAGCUGACUCCAAAUCGGUCCUUGAAGGAGACGAGGUCGAGGUUAUACAUAAUAAGGAGAUGCCUGGUCAUGCUGCUCUGUUGGAGAGAGCCUCGUGAGUAAGAAUCUUGCUUGCCGUACCGUAUGUAUGAUACUAACACAACAUUGGUAUGUAUGUAUGCUACUUAAUUAUACAGAAGAAGAAGAAGAAGAAGAGGAGCAGUGUGUAAAAUGAAACAGUAUAAUACUAUGUUCCACAUUGCUUUGAUCAAGAAAGCUUUAUGGAAGGCACGCAGAUGCUACAAAAACACUUUUACCCUGAUGAUGUCCGAUUGAUGGUGUACAACCUUGGGCACAUCCAUGCGUAGUAGUAGUAGUUAUCUUGUUUUCGUUUUAUAUAAGCCUUUUUCCACUAUGAGGGAAUCAAAGACGUCAGUCCCAAUGAAGAAAUAUUAAACUAUGUUUACAUGUAUAUGUAGAUGAAUGUAAGUAGUCAAGACCUUAAUCUUGAGAGACAUGCCUAAGCUAACUAUUAUUAAGUUGAGGGUAAAGAAAACACACUUGUAAGUUGUAACAAGAUUAUGUACACACAGCUUUAAGCAUUCCUGUGAGUAAUAAUGAUUGGCACUAUGAUAA